AAGAAAGAAAAGAGGGGAUCAAAGCUCGGACGUGACCUGCUGCUCCGCUGCCACUGCCGUUUGACACCCACCAGCCCCGACGUGCGCAGGGCGAGCGCAGCCGCGCAGAGCCGCUCCCGCAUCUCACCGCACCGGGAAUUACCGCCGCUGCCGCCUCUGCAGGGAUUUCCAGAUCGCCGAUUUUUAAUCUUCCUUGGGAAGCCUUUUCUCUGCCUCUGUUGGGAAUUAAGUUGCUUUUAUUAUUUUUAAAAGAUAUUUUGUUUUCUUCCUGGAGGAAAGAAGGAGCACCGUGGAUUGGGAAAGAAAAAAGAGUUUAGCAGAUUAAUCUUAACUUUUUUUUUUUUCUUUUGCCAUCCGAAAGAGCUGUCAGUCGCCGACAGACCACCUAGAGGUAUCGACAGAGGGGAAACAAAAAGUCAGAGACUCUCCUAAAAGAAGGAGCCCGUGACACUAACUCUUCCAGCUCUGCCAGGGCAAGCGGCUUUGGCCGCUGUGUUUCUUUUUUUUUUUUUUUCUUUUUUCUUUUCUUUUUUUCGCGUUCCCCCGAGAGACACUUUCCCCUUUCCUCUCUGACGAGAAGACCGGGGGAGGGAAGCGAGGGCACCAGAGCUGCCCCUCCAAAAUGGGAGGUCGGUUCCUGCUGACACUCGCCCUUCUCUCUGUGCUGCUGUCCCGCUGCCAGGUCGGCUGCUCCGGGGUGUUCGAGCUGAAGCUACAGGAGUUUGUCAAUAAGAAGGGGCUGCUCAGCAACCGCAACUGCUGCCGUGGGGGCGGCCCCGGCGGCUCCGGGCUGCAGCAAUGCGACUGCAAGACCUUCUUCCGCGUCUGCCUCAAGCACUACCAGGCCAGCGUCUCCCCCGAGCCGCCCUGCACCUACGGCAGCGCCAUCACUCCCGUCCUCGGCGCCAACUCCUUCAGCGUCCCCGACGGCGCGGGCGGCGCCGACCCCGCCUUCACCAACCCCAUCCGCUUCCCCUUCGGCUUCACCUGGCCCGGUACCUUCUCACUCAUCAUUGAGGCUCUGCACACGGACUCACCUGACGAUCUCACCACAGAAAACCCCGAGCGCCUCAUUAGCCGCUUGGCCACCCAGAGACACUUGGCAGUGGGUGAAGAGUGGUCCCAGGACCUGCACAGCAGUGGCCGCACUGACCUCAAGUACUCCUAUCGCUUUGUGUGUGACGAGCACUACUAUGGGGAAGGCUGCUCCGUCUUCUGCCGCCCUCGGGACGAUGCCUUUGGUCACUUCACUUGUGGAGAGCGUGGCGAGAAAGUCUGCAACCCAGGCUGGAAAGGCCAGUACUGCACUGAGCCGAUUUGUUUGCCUGGAUGCGAUGAGCAACACGGCUUUUGCGACAAACCUGGGGAAUGCAAAUGCAGAGUGGGUUGGCAGGGUCGAUACUGUGAUGAGUGCAUCCGAUACCCAGGCUGCCUUCAUGGUACCUGUCAGCAGCCAUGGCAAUGCAACUGCCAGGAAGGCUGGGGUGGCCUUUUCUGCAACCAGGACCUGAACUACUGCACCCACCACAAGCCCUGCAAGAAUGGUGCCACAUGCACCAACACUGGGCAGGGGAGCUACACUUGUUCUUGCCGACCCGGAUACACAGGUUCCAACUGUGAGAUUGAAAUCAAUGAAUGUGACGCCAACCCUUGCAAGAAUGGUGGAAGUUGCACUGAUCUCGAGAACAGUUAUUCCUGUACCUGCCCUCCAGGCUUCUAUGGUAAAAACUGUGAGCUGAGUGCAAUGACUUGUGCUGAUGGACCGUGCUUCAAUGGUGGGCGAUGCACCGACAACCCUGAUGGCGGGUACAGCUGCCGCUGCCCCCUGGGCUACUCUGGGUUCAACUGUGAAAAGAAGAUCGAUUACUGCAGUUCCAGCCCUUGUGCUAAUGGAGCCCAGUGCGUAGAUCUGGGGAACUCCUACAUCUGUCAGUGCCAGGCUGGCUUCACUGGGAGGCACUGUGAUGACAAUGUGGACGACUGCGCCUCCUUCCCCUGUGUCAACGGCGGGACUUGCCAGGAUGGUGUCAAUGACUAUUCCUGCACCUGCCCCCCGGGAUACAACGGGAAGAACUGCAGCACCCCGGUGAGCAGAUGUGAACACAACCCCUGCCACAACGGGGCCACCUGCCACGAGAGAAACAACCGCUAUGUCUGCGAGUGUGCCCGGGGGUACGGGGGGCUCAACUGCCAGUUUUUGCUCCCUGAGCCGCCUCAGGGACCUGUCAUUGUCGACUUCACUGAGAAGUACACAGAAGGCCAGAAUGCCCAGUUCCCCUGGAUUGCUGUUUGCGCCGGGAUUAUUCUGGUCCUCAUGCUGCUGCUGGGGUGUGCUGCUGUGGUUGUCUGUGUCAGGCUUAGGGUGCAGAAGAGGCACCACCAGCCUGAUGCCUGCAGGAGUGAGACUGAGACCAUGAACAACCUGGCGAACUGCCAGCGCGAGAAGGACAUCUCCAUCAGUGUCAUUGGUGCCACUCAGAUUAAAAACACGAACAAGAAAGUAGACUUUCACAGCGAUAACUCUGACAAAAAUGGCUACAAAGUCAGAUACCCAUCAGUGGAUUACAAUUUGGUGCAUGAACUCAAGAACGAGGACUCUGUUAAGGAAGAGCACAGCAAAUGUGAAGCCAAGUGUGAAACGUUUGAUUCAGAGGCAGAGGAGAAAAGUGCAGUACAACUAAAAAGUGAUACUUCUGAAAGAAAACGACCGGAUUCAGUAUAUUCCACUUCAAAGGACACAAAGUACCAGUCGGUGUAUGUCAUAUCAGAAGAGAAAGAUGAGUGCAUCAUAGCAACUGAGGUGUAAACCAGAGGUGAUAUGUCAAGGUGGUUGUUCAGAAAGAUUUCAGAGGACACGUGCCCCGAUGAAUGCUGCUGAAAGAGGAAUGGGAGAUAGAUUCCUUCACUGACUGCUGCUGAGAAACUAAAUUCAGACUUGAGCUGGUUCUCUACUGAAGUUAGCAAAGUGACUGCAAAAUAAAGAAACAAGAUGGACACCAGGCAAGGGUCUGUGUUCAAGGAUUACUGUUGCACUGCCUUUUAUGAAUUUUAUCAUUGCACUAUGGUCAGUUGCUUUUCUAUAUAUAUUUAAAUGAACGGACUUACUUACUACAUAAGAAGCAUGCACUGCCUGAAGUGUAUAUUUUGGAUUCUUAUGAGCCAGUCUUUUCUUGAAUUAGAGACACAAACACUGCCUUUAUUGUCUUUUUUUAUACUAAAAUGUGUUUUUACUAGGUGAGAAAAAGUGUGUUAUUUUUUUGAAUCUGUAAAAAUAUUUUCAUGAUAAUUGUAAAGCUUGAGUAUUUUGUGAUGUUCAUUUUUUUUAUAAUUUAAAUUUUUUGGUAAAUAUGUACAAAGGCACUUCGGGUUUACGUGACUAUAUUUUUUUGUAUAUAAAUGUAUUUAUGGAAUAUUGUGCAAAUGU